UGUCACACUACCUGUAGUGAUGCAUGCAUAGGCAUUGAAUUUGGACCUCUACAACCCCUUAUUGACGACGAUCAAGUGCCCCGAUUUCUAUCAUUGGCUACCAAGAAAGAGAAGCUCGUACAUAUUUACACGGUUGCAAUAACGAUGCAUGAAGCAGAAGCGAAAUAAAAGUUGGCCCAUGAUGAAAUAUGAAAGGAGAUUUUCAGUCCUAAAUCGAAGGGUGUUGUGAUUGAAGAAAUGGAAGAGCCGCCAUUGGUUGUACCAAAGCGAAAGCCGAGAAAGAAGGCGGAGUUUAAUCAAGAAAUACCUAUGAUUGGGUGGUAUGAACGUGAUAUUGAAUUUGAAGACUUCCUUAAAGAUAGUUUGGCGAAAGCACGAGAUAAAUGGAGGAAGGAAAAAGAUAUUGUGAAAGAUCUGCUUGAUGGAUUUAAUACAAAUAUGGAGCAAGUACUGAGGCUAAUAUAGGAGAAUCACAAGCCGCUGAAAGAAUCGUUGACGUUCUGAGUGCAAUUCAAGAACCACAAGCUGGUGAUGUUGGUGAGCCAACAACUCUUCAAUCAGCACAACCUGAUUCCGUUGUUCAUGAGUCAGCUGAAGGGAUGGCACCAACAUGUCCCGUUGUUGAGACUAAUGAACCCUCACACUCAGUUGUUGAGGAAACAGAAGCUGCACAAGUUGAGAAAGCACAAGGUCCAAAGGUACAACCUGCAGAGUAUGAAGAUGUUUACAUGCCAAAUAUGGACCACUUGGAAGAUUUACAAUCUCAAUAUGUGGAAAACUUGGCCGCCGAAGUAGAAGGUCAGUUUAUGGCUAAUUUGGUAGAAGCAAACACUCAUUUUGAGGAAUACUUUGUGGGACAAGCAGUUCGUUUUGAGGAAAACUUGGAUGAAGUACACGCACAUGCUCGGGUUGAGGAGUUCAACACAAGGUUGGCAGACUGCCAACUCGAGGAGGAAAGUCACUGUGAGGAUAACUUGGAUGAAGCACAUUCACAUGCUCGAGUUGAGGAGUUGAACACAAACUUAGAAGAUUGCCAGCUCGAGGAGGAAGUACACAUGAACGACUUCCCUCUACAUAAUGAGGGCUUUGAUGGUGAUGGUGAUGCUGAAGAUAAGGAGGACUUCGACCAGUUCUUAUCUCUAGUAAACAUGUGUCGUGAUGAGCAAAUGUUUGCAUCCUUUUUAGCCAAACUGACGCAGCAACACGAAGAUGUUGUGGAACAUCCUGAUGAAGUAAAACCUAAUGGUGGAAUUGGUGUAGGCACUGAUUGCACCAGACCAUCUACCUUAAUUACAAUCCGCAAGUUUUCUCCUAUAAUUGAGAAAUUGAUUCAAGACGCACGGCGGAUGGCAGAAGAAUCUUAUAUGCUAAAUGAUUUAGCCAAUACCGGUCUUAUGGAUUUAGAUUCAUCGGAUGAAGAAGGUGGGGCCAAGACUGGAAUUCUUGUCCGCUCGUUCAAGUUAACUGAUGAUUUACCAUAUUUCAAUGUUGGAGAUGUUUUCGGCGACAGAGAAUAUUUUAGAGAGGUCCUCCAGCAGUACGCAGUGAUGUCUAAGAGGCCCGUUCAUAUCAAAGUAAACGACAACGAUAGGUUACGAGCUGUGUGUCGUGGUAGUGGUGGUGACUACAAAUGGUUUGUGCAUUUGAAUAAACAAUCAAAUGGGGACUACGUGGUACGAACAUUGAAAAGAGAUCAUGUUCACACUUGUUCAGAGGUAACACACAACAAAUGGAUCAUGUCUAAGUGGUUAGGGAAACGGUUCACUGAAAAAAUCAAAGCAAACCCUCACAUUCCACUAGUCGCUAUUAGACAAUGUGUUGAUGAGCAAUUCGGAUCCACAGUUAGUCGGAUGACUGCAUACAAGGCAAGAGAAAUUGCACUUGAAGGCAUAUAUGGGGACACCUCGCAACAAUACAAGAAGCUUUUCUACUACAAGAAUGAGUUGAUUCGGACGCAUCCUGACUCAAGUGUUCACAUACAUUAUGAGAAUUACAGACGCACAGAGCUCAAGUCCUAUGUUUCUCAGGAUAUAUAUUUGAUUAGGGCCAUUGAAGAUUGGAUGGAAGCGCUCUGUCGACCUAUCAUUUUCCUAGAUGCAUGUUUUCCGAGUGGGAUGUAUAAGGGACUGAUAUUCACAGCCAUCGGAGUUGAUCCGAACAAUAAUUGGUGGCCAAUUGCUUGGGCGGUAGCCGAAACGGAAAGCUACGAGCAGUGGAAGUGGUUUCUAGAUCAUCUUGAUGAUGACUUGGAGCUAUCAACUAAUGGUCCAAGAUAUGUCUUCAUGUCUGAUCAGCAAAAGGGUUUGCAGAAGAUCAUUUCUGAGAAAUAUCCUCAAAGUGAGCAUCGUUUCUGUGUACAACAUAUGUACAACAAUUUUAAGAAGAACUUUUCUGGAGAUGUCUUGAAGAAAAAGAUGUGGGCAAUAUCAGAUAGCACAACUGAGGAGGUUUACUUGAAGCAGAUGCAAUGCGAGUGUUCAACCAAGCUGCAUAUCAGCAUUUGGUGGGGACAGCUCCGAAAGAAAGAUGGGUGAGGGCGUACUUCUCUGGACAUGUUAAGUGUGAUACGCAGCUAAACAACAUGUGUGAGACGUUUAAUUCGAAGAUCGUAGAAGCUCGUGAGAAGCCAUUUUUAACAUUGUUGGAGGAACUUCGAACACAACAAGUAGAGCGCAUACAGAUUAGAGGGCAGUGGGUGAAGCAA